AUGGCGAACACCCUCCUUCCCAUCUACAAAGACGAGGCAGAUCAACCGGCUGACCCGCCCGCCAUCCCUCCCCAUCCCCUUGCCCUCCUUACAACGCUAUCUCUCGUACAUGCCGCACCUGCAGCGCUUCACGCUGCCCGCUGUUCACGCCACUCGGCAAGCUGGCGUGGCCAUGCGCGGGGGCUCAAACCGUCGUGCGCCUCUCUCCCCCCUCCUCUUCCCCCUUCCCUCCCCCCUUUCCCCUCCCCUCUCCUCUUCCCUCCGUCCCUUUGUUCUCUGUGCCCUCGCCCUCGCACCUCGCUGGCCCCGCUAGAGGGGAGGAUUACUGCGUGCUUCCUCCU